AUGGAGCCUAAAGUAGCGUUCCGUGGAGGUGCGAAUCGCUGCUGGAACCCCACUGUCGACACCAGCAGCAGAUUAUCCGAUGUAUUCAACAGCGUGAUGUUGACUGGCUCCACUUCCUUCUAUGAUUGCUACAAAUCGCAGAAUGAAGACAAUAUAGACCUAAGGCAGACCUACACUCCACUUUCUUCAUCCACAGAAUAUGCAAGUUCUAUAGAUUCUUCACUUUUCUAUGUACCAUGGUCUACUUAUGGAGAUGAUAUUAAACAAUCUUCUAAUUCCCAGAUCAAUGUAAAGAACAGGAUUCAAACCGAAAGAAAUGACUAUGGCAGUGAAACAGACUUAUAUGGACUUGUGUCUAACAUUCUGGAAGAACAAGAUAAGUCACAGCCAUAUUUUGCUGAAGGGACCUGCUCGACCAAUUUAAAGUCAGUUUGGCCAAUGAACACAAGCAGAUUUGUAGAUCACCAUGAUCUCUUGACAGAAACCAAAAGGCCAAUAGAUAUAGCUAUCUCUCAGCAAGCCUUUUAUAGUGGUGAAUCUGUGUCAGCAGUGGAAAAGCAAUACUUGCAUAAUAGUAAUCUCACACCACAACAAAAAAUAGAUAAACUUUAUCAUGGAUUUACUGGAUUAGACCUUGAAGAACAAUGGAUAUACCCCUCAAGAAGUGAUCAUUCUAACUGUUACAAUAUUCAGACAAAUGAUACAGCUAAGGCAACAUUCCAAGAAUAUCCAUUUAUCAAAAACUGUUUUACACCACAAACUGGUCUGUCUGAUAUCAUGAAAGAAUCAGGAAUUGAUACUUACCCUUAUGGAAGAGAGAAAAUAUGUGCUAAAGGUCUUGAAGCACCAUUACAACAAAAAAGAGCAGAGAUAUUUCUUUCCCAAUUUAAUAGAUACAAUGAAAAUGCAGAUUAUUGUAGAUACCCAGAAUAUGCUCAUCCUAACAAGGCUAAGCUUAAUAAAUGUUCAAAUUUUAGUGUCCAGGAUGGUAAAAAAUUAGCCAGUGGCACACCCGAAACACCAACUGUAGAAGCAGAUGCCUAUACAAAGUUAUUUCAGGUUAAACCAGCAAAUCAGAAAAAAAUGGAGGAGACAAUGCCUGACCAGCAGAAUUUCACAUUUCCAAAAACCACACCACAUUUAACUGAAAAACAGUUUGCAAAGGAAGCAGCAGCAUUCACAGCUGAUUUUGGCUUAAAAUCAGAGUAUGGACUAAAACCUCACACAGCUUGUCCAGCUAAUAAUGAUUUUGCUAAUGUCACAGAAAAGCAACAAUUCGAUAAGCCUGAUCCCCCAAAUUCUGAGUAUUUUAAAUCAGUGAAUUUAUUAUCAAACUCAGCAACAUCUUCAGGAGGUAUCAAUUUAAACAGACCAACUUGGAUGAAUAUUCAAACAAAAAAUAACACUCCUGUUCCUUAUAGAAAUCAAGGUAACUUGAUGAAAUUAAAUAGUCAUUUAAGUGCAGCUUCAAAAGGUUCUAACCAUUCUUCAGAUUUCCCCCAACUAUCAUCCACAAAUUUAACCCCAAAUAGCAAUUUAUUUCAGAAGUAUUGCCAAGAAAACCCUUCAGCAUUUUCUAGUUUUGAUUUCAGUUACAAUGGUGCAGAAAGAAUUCAAUCUGUCAAUCACAUGGAAGGACUGACAAAGACUGGAGAAGAAAAUCUCUUUGAAUCGGUUACAGAUAAAAAAAUAAAGCAGCCAAAUGGAUUUUGUGAUAAUUAUUCAGCUCAGCAGUAUGGGAUCAUUGAAAAUGUAAACAAACAUAAUUUUCAAGCCAAGCCCCAGAGUGGACAUUAUGAUCCUGAGGAAGGUCCGAAGCAUUUAGAUGGCUUAUCUCAAAACAAAUAUCAAGAUCUGUUGGAGUCACAGGGUCAUUUUAAUAGCCACCGACAAGGAAGUGGAGACAGCAAUAUUAAUAGCCGUGUGAAUCGCACACAGGCAUCAUGCUUUUCUAAUAAUUAUAUGAUGGGAGAUUUAAGGCAUAAUCAGGGUUUUCAACAACUUGGUUCAAAUGGGUUUCCCCUAAGAUCCACCCACCCAUUUGGCCAUUCAGUUGUUCCACUGUUGGAUUCCUAUGAUUUGUUUUCUUAUGAUGACUUAAGCCAUUUAUACCCUUAUUUUAAUGAUAUGAUGUAUGGUGAUAAUUCCUUUUCUGGUUUCGUGCCAACUUUUGGAUUUCAAAGACCAAUUAAAACUCGAAGUGGACCAGCCAGUGAACUUCGUAUUCGUCUAGAAGAGUGCUAUGAACAAUGGAGAGCAUUAGAAAAGGAGAGAAAAAAGACUGAAUUAGCUCUUGCCAAGAAUUAUCCAGGGAAAAAAGUAUCCAGUACUAACAAUACUCCAUUUCCAAGGCUGACCUCCAACCCAUCUAGAGUUGAUCGCUUAAUUGUGAAUGAACUUCGAGAACAAGCCAGAGUUGUGACUUUACUAGGCAAAAUGGAACGUCUUCAAAGCUCUCCCCUUCAUGCCAAUAUCUCUACUGCUCUUGUUAGACACUUGGAAUCCAUUCACAUUGUACAGUCACGUAGAAAGGAUGAAAUUGUUAAUGCUUCAAAUCGGCAAAGGCAAGGAGUGCCUAGAUGCCAAGAUGAAAGAGAUGUUUUUGCCCUUGCGUCAGCAAUUAAAGAGAUGUGUGUGGCUACUCGGAAAGCACGCACUACUCUAUGGUGCGCACUGCAGAUGACCUUGCCAAAAACAGCAAGUAUGGCUGGUCAAGCAGAUGUGGAAAAGGCUUUCCAAGAUAUAGUAAACUGUGAAGAAAAAGUUCAUGAAAGCAUAAAUAGUAGCAAUCCAAUGAACCAGAGAGGUGAAACAAACAAACAUUAA